ACUUAUUUAUAUAAAUUGAAUAUAGAUAUAAUUUGAUAUUUCUUCAAUAACAUUGCACACAUUAAAAGUGAUCAAAGUUCAGGUACGUAUGUGCACAAUUGGUCACCAUUUAAGGUGCGAGAUUGGAGUCCAAUUGGGGCCCCUACCAACCAGGACGUCUGUGCACACUACAACACCCGGCCCACUCAUGCACCCAACACCAACCAGGACGUCUGUGCACAUUACAACAAUGCACCCAGCCUGUAAUUUUCUCUUGCUCUUCAACACCUCUAUAAAUUCCAUAAACACGCAAGAACUCACAUUCACCACUCCCAUCAUUUUGAGGUAUAUGCACUUCUACUCCCAUGGCUUCGUUGCAGUCAUCCUUCAACAAUUCUACACACAAAAUCCAAACUCCAGGGCAAUUGUUAUCAUCGUGGAACAGCACAAAAGGAACCAGGAAUCUCUUUUUUCCCAACAAAAGAAGUUCGAUUUUUCCGUCAAGACGUUUGAUUGCAGUUAGGUGUUCAGCCCUGUCGGGUUUAGAAGUUCAAGAAACUGAUGAGGAGCUCAGCCCUGAAGAUUCCAGGCCCCUGAGGGAAAUCUGGAGAGAAAUCCAGGGCGAAAAUGACUGGGAAGACCUGCUGGACCCGAUGAAUUCUCAUCUCCGGCGAGAAAUCGUUCGAUACGGGGAAAUGGCGCAGGCCUGCUACGAUUCCUUCGAUUUCGACCCCCACUCCAAAUACUGCGGCACAUGCAAGUACCAGGGCGCGCAUUUCUUUGAAAGGCUCGGCAUGGCGGAUCGCGGUUACACCCUAACGCGGUUCCUGUAUGCGACGUCCAACAUCAACUUGCCCAAUUUCUUCCAGAAAUCCAAGGCCAGCAGUAUCUGGAGCCAGCACGCCAACUGGAUGGGCUACGUGGCCGUGGCCACUGACGAGGAGGAGAUACGGCGGCUGGGCCGCCGAGACAUCAUCAUCGCUUGGCGGGGCACGGUGACUUACCUCGAAUGGAUUCACGACCUCAAGGACAUACUCCAACCCGCCCAUUUCCGGGACGAUCCAUCCAUCAAAAUCGAAUCCGGGUUCUUUGAUUUAUACACUACAAAGGAAAACACAUGUAAGUAUUGCUCCUUCUCGGCUCGGGAACAAGUUUUAGCUGAACUCCGGCGGAUAAUCCACCGUUACCGUGGCGAAAACUUAAGCAUCACAAUUACGGGACACAGCCUUGGAGCAGCCCUGGCUUUGUUGAGCGCUUACGAUAUAGCUGAGAUGAAACUGAACAUCAUAGACGACAGACAAGAAGAAGUUAUAACCAAGAUUCCUAUUUCAGUCUUUUCGUUUUCAGGGCCCAGAGUUGGAAACCUGAAGUUCAAAGAAAGGUGCGACGAGCUAGGAAUUAAGGUUUUGAGAGUUAUCAACGUGCACGACAAGGUCCCAACGGUGCCUGGAAUCAUCACAAAUGAGAAAUUCCAAUACCAAAAGUACCUAGAAGAAGUAAUUUCAUUUCCCUGGAGCUACGCCCAUGUUGGCGUGGAACUAGCCCUGGAUCAUACCCAUUCUCCGUUUCUCAAAAGGAAUAGUGAUCUCAGGUGCGCGCACAAUCUCGAGGCCCAUCUGCACUUAGUGGAUGGGUACCACGGCAAGAAUAAGCGAUUCUGCUUGGCUUCAAAAAGGGACAUAGCCCUUGUGAACAAGAGUUGUGAUUUCUUGAAAAGCGACUACGGGGUGCCACCCUACUGGUGGCAAGAUGAGCAUAAAGGGAUGGUGAGGACGGCCGACGGGCGGUGGACGUUGCCGGAGCGGCCAGGGAUCGAGGCACAUCCGCCGGACACGGCCCACCACUUUGAACAAGUGAUCAAAUAUGCCAGAGCUAAGCUGGAGUACUAAUUUUAGACGGAUGAUGUGACGAUAGUGGUGGCCUGGUGGCGAUUUCCACUUAAUGCUAUACACUAUGCUUGUAGUUAUCUCAUCUUUUUUUCUGUCCGUACAAGAUUCCUUUCCAAACUUAAAUUCAUUCAAUGUUUGCUGUAAGAAUUCAGUUACAAUCGUGUAAUUACUUUUGGUUGAAGACUAUGUCUGGAUCUUUGGUCUUA